UCAAAACCCUUCGAUCGUAUUCAAUCCUUCGCCAAAACCUCUUCUUCAACAUUUUGGUUUAUCCUUGUUGCAGAGUAGUGCAAAGACUAAAUCUUGUUCGAGGUUUUGAGCUUUUUUUUCCCCCCCCAUGAAAAACGCUCGUCCCCUCUUCUGUGCUACUUUGAUAACGCUAUCAGUGGUUGCAGACAGUAAACCCUCAAUCCUCCUCAAUUGCGGAGCUCCUGCGCCAGACUCGGACCUCGAUGGAAGAAUUUGGACCCCCGACUCCGGUUCCGAGUUCUCUCUCCCCUCGAGCAGUGAGAGUGUCGCAGCUCCACAGCAAGUUUCGUCGGUGGCCAAAGUUCCGUACUUGACGGCGCGGAUCUUCACUUCCACUUCUACCUACUCCUUCCCUCUCGCCGUCGGUCGGGUUUUCCUCCGCCUCUAUUUCUACCCUGUAAAUUAUGCCAACUACACCGCCACCGACUCCUUCUUCUCUAUCACAGCUGUCCCUUACACCCUCCUUCACAAUUUCAGUGCUUCUCUUGUCGCUGAUGCUGUAGGUUCCCCCUACAUCACCCGCGAAUUUUCCUUGAAUGUGUCAGCCGGUGUCCUGAACCUCACCUUCACCCCCUCCUCCACUCCCAAUUCUUUUGCCUUUAUAAACGGUAUCGAGAUUGUGCCCAUCCCUGACAUCUUUGUCUCCAACAAUCCUAUCCUUAUCACUGAUGCUUAUGGGAAAUCUAUCUCUUAUGAGAUUGAUCCAGAAUGGGCUAUUCAAACUGUUUACCGGCUCAACGUGGGUGGUCGCGCAAUCACCCCUCGCGAUGAUGAACUGUUCCGCUCCUGGGAAGAUGAUUCAAGAUAUAUUUUCGGCGCUGCUUUUGGCGUGACAUACUCAAAUGAUCCAAACGUUAGCAUCUCAUACCCCCCUCAAGUUCCGACAUACAUUGCGCCGACUGAAGUCUAUGCCACAGCUAGGUCAAUGGGUCCAGAUGCAGGAGUGAAUUUGCAGUACAAUCUUACAUGGAUUCUUCAGGUGGAUGCUGGCUUCUAUUACUUUGUCCGCUUUCAUUUCUGUGAGAUCCAGUAUCCCAUAACCAAGACGAACCAGAGAGUUUUUGAUAUCUUCAUUAAUAACCAGACAGUACAGAAAUAUGCUGAUGUUAUUGCUUGGAGUGGCAAUAUAGGUGUCCCAGCGUACAGGGAUUAUGCGGUGAUUACAAUGGGAAGUGGGCAGAUGGACAUGUGGGUUGCUCUUCAUCCUGACGUUGCAGCGGAACCAGAGUAUUACGAUGCCAUCCUAAAUGGGCUUGAGGUCUUCAAGUUGCAAGACAUUGGCAGCAACAGUUUAGCUGGUCUUAAUCCAGAAUCGGUUAGCCAUCCGAUUGUCGGCAGUCCUAACGAGGAUGUGAGCAGGAAGAAUCAUAAGCCUGUUCCUGCUAUUGUUGGUGGGGUUGCUGUCUUGCUUGUUGCUUUUUGCCUCAUUCUAUUAUGCAAGUGCCGAAGGAAGAAGAAAGUCGUUGCUUGCCACGAGACAUCUAGUUGCUGUGCCUCGCCAAUCCCUUCUAAUCUUUGUCGGCAUUUCUCCAUUACAACGAUUAAGGCUGCCACAAAAGACUUUGAUGAGUCUCUUCUUCUUGGGAUUGGUGGGUUUGGGAAGGUCUAUCUUGGGGAGAUCAAUGCCAUGGGCAUGAAGGUUGCAAUCAAGCGUAGUAACCCAACGUCCGACCAAGGUGUCCAUGAGUUCCAUUCCGAAAUUGAGACGCUCUCAAAGCUCCGACACAUACACCUUGUCUCUUUGAUCGGCUACUGUCAGGGGAACUCUGAAAUGAUAUUAGUCUAUGACUAUAUGGCUCGUGGUACACUUCGUGAUCACCUCUAUAAUUCUCAGAAGCCACCACUUUCAUGGAAACAAAGACUUGAGAUUUGCAUUGGGGCUGCACGAGGGUUGCAUUACCUUCACACAGGCGCAAAGCACACCGUCAUACACCGAGAUGUCAAAACCACAAACAUAUUGCUAGAUGAAAAUUGGGUCGCCAAAGUUUCAGACUUUGGACUUUCGAAAACUCUCCCGACCUUGGAUGACACCCAUGUCAGCACAAUGGUGAAGGGAAGCUUUGGUUACCUUGACCCUGAGUACGCUUGGAGGCACCAGCUCACUGAGAAAUCUGAUGUUUACUCUUUUGGGGUUGUGUUGUUUGAGGUCCUCUGUGCCCGGCCUGCUCUUGUGCACAUGCUUCCAGAUGAACAAGUGAACUUGGCUGAUUGGGCAGUUCACUGUCAGAAGAAUGGCAACCUUGUCUAUAUCAUCGAUCCAUAUUUGAAGGGUAGGAUGGCUCCAGAAAGUUUUGAGAAGUUUGCCGAGACUGCAGAGAAAUGUGUGGCUGAUGUUGGGGCGGACCGACCUUCCAUGGGCGAUGUCCUUCAGAACCUUGAAUUUGCCCUCCGGCUCCAGGAACAUACUGAUGAUGAUGGUGAAAUAACUGAUGGUAUAAUUGAAAAUGCAAUACUCACUUCAAUGGUGGAAUCAAGCACGACAACCACUAUUACCAAAAUGAUCAGAGGUCGGAGCUUUGCUAGUGAGGUGCUGCCAUACAAAAGAUCCCUCGCGUUGUCUUCCCACAGGUCUCUGAUAAGAGCUUAUUCUUGUUCUUGACUUUUAGAUUAAACAUAGAUGACGCAAAUGGAUAAGCCUUUAUCUAUGCAUUGAAGUUGGUAAUCUAAGUUCACUUCAACUGCGUGAGAUAGUACAAAUGAUACAAGUUUGUGCAAUUUAAGGAUGUCUAUAUGGUCAUGCUAUUGAACCAUAUACACUACUAAUAAUAGUAGGUUGUUGGGAAUUGGGAUUUGAGUCUUCUUAUUAUUGUUAGAGUAUAUACUAAAAGUUUAAUUUUUUGUAAACAUUUAUUUUUGAAAUAAAAAAUCACA